AAUUGUCCAUCACUAAUGUGACGAAAAAAAUUAUAAAAAACAUUUUUGAUACUCAUUUUUCCCAGCUUUUCCACCCGGCCACGUUGGUUUCCACCCACAUCAAGAUUUCCUCCCAACACCGACUGCGCGAGUGCUUCAGGAUGACCUUGGUGGGACUUGCAGCCCGCAAACUGGCGCAGAAGAAGAGGUCAGCGAAACAGGCAGCCGACUUUCCCAAUGGCAUCCGCUGUCAAAAGUGCCUGCAAAUAGGCCACUGGAGCUACGAGUGCAAGGAAAAGCGCAAAUUCGUGCACCGCAGCUCGCGCACCAAGCAGUUGAGCAAGCAUUUGGCCCAAAAGGAGGCGGAAGCGCCCAAAAAAACGGUAGAGGAGCACCUAGAGGAGGCCUCCGUGGGCUCAAAAAAGGUCCGGCGCAAACGAAAGCCCAGCAAGAGCUCCUCGUCCUCUUCAUCCAGCUCGUCAGACAGCUCGGACAGCAGCAGCGAAUCGGACUCGUCAUCCGGUUCGGAUUCAAGCAGCUCUAGUUCAGACUCCGACGACGACGAGGGCAGCUCCUUGGGUUCUAGUGGCAGUGAUUCCUCCUCCGACAGCGACAGCAGCGAGGAUCAAAAGCAGGGAGCGCCCCAGAAGAAGAAAAAGCGAGCCGACAGUUCAGCAGAGUCAUCCGACGACCAGGAAUAAUUAUAUGACCAGUUCCGGUUCCGUAGCGCAUAGCUUUAGUAGUUUAGUUUGCCCCACCACCCAAGAUAUGGAUAUUUUAACCGAAUAUACUGUACUGUAUUUAUUAUUUAAGUUCCCUAAAUGUACGUGGUCUGGUGAUGUUCUAGCCAAGAUGCUGCCUAUAAUAAACGUUUUAGUCCGAGUCGA